UCAUACAAAUAAAACAAAACGACUUACCUACAAACACCAAACGAGGAAGGCCUAAUCCUUUAGUCUGUAAAGUGGAGUUUGCGCCUCCCAAAGUGUGUUUGAAUGCCUGUCUACUGUAACCAAAGUUGUACCUCAACACCCCUCUACUGUGGAGCGCUCCAUCGACUGCGACUGCGACUGCACACGCGCUCAGAAGAGGAGAGAAGGAGAGCGCGCCGCUUGUGUCUGUCAUUAAUCUUCGGCUCUCUUCGGUAGCUUUACGAAUGCUGACGACUCGACGAAUAAAAUUGUUCGUGAAGGGCGUGACCAACCACGGACAGGAUUUCCAUCCACACUAGGGCGCCAGUAAGCUGCGUUAUUCGUACCCCGGCGUAGAACAGUGUAAUUUUAUAUUAGAAAUUUCAGUCGGUAAGUUGUUUAACAUGAUGUGUUAAAAAAAAAAAUUGGCAUAUACUGAAACCGUACACUCACCAUCAGCGCGCUAUGCGACGUUUUAAUUUGGGGAAAUAGUUUAACUAAAUAAACAUAUGUUACUACUGUAAGCGAUAAAGGAGUGAGGUGUCUCGGUAUGUUACACGGAAGCGCGCGUGGGCUGUGACGCGGAGACCGAACGCGAGACUGCGCAUCUCUCUCGUGCUCUGGAGCUAGGAACAUGCCACCUAAAGACCCGCUCCUCGGGACGCUCAAAGUGUGCAUCCUGAACCUCCAGGCUGCGGGGGAGCUAGUGACAGACCUCAACCCUCACCUGACCUCUUGCUGUGAGCUGCUGGAGCUCAUCCUUAGGAAGGGCCUCCAACAGCCGGUUCUGUGUCUGGUCCACAGAGACUACUGGCAUUGUUUUGAACAGCUUCCCCGUCAGGACACAUGUGGCAGGCUCAGUGCUCUAUCUCUGGCAGUGGAACAGACAGCCGUCAACAAGAAGCUGCUUUCGGCUCAGGGUCGGGGACGAUACCUGCUCAGGCUGGCCCUCAAACGGAGGGUUCUAGAAGGAUUCAUCAAACACCUGCUACACACACCCAAGCUUCUGGAGUGGUACAAUCCGGCUGUCUCAAUUCUCAGGAAUGAGGAGUUCGUUGAGCCUUUCACGUCUCUGCUCCUCGUGCUGUCAGGCAUGGAGUUCAAGCUGGACAUGGAGAACUGCAGUUUCCUGGACGAGAGUUGGCUGCUGCCUGUGUGUGACGUGUACGAGGCCGUUCCCUGCAAAGAGCUGGGGAUGGUGCUCAGGUAUUUGAGUGGGCGUGUCUUUGUGCUGAACCUGUUGCCAGGCAGCCAGGCCCAGGUGGACAGAUGUAUCCAUUUGGGUGACAUCAUCGACGAGAUCAACGGAAUCUCCCUUCGGAAUGCCAGGAAUGGCCAGGCAGGUGUGGUGCUGUCUCGGUUAAAGGGUCGGCCACUGUCCCUGCGCGUGCUGCGCUGGCAGGGCCGCGAGGGGGGCACGUAUCGGCCAAUCAUCAAACUCCUACGGGAGCUGAGAGAGGAGAACCCCUCCUUGCGGCUAGACCCUUCGCCUUCCUCUCAGCUCUCCACCAAUGAGAGGUCAGCGCCGUCACAGUGCCUCAAAGACGGGAGAAUUGUUUACAUUGUGCAGUACAUGGGAAAGGCAAACAUUGGAAUGUAUGGAGGGAAGGAGGUGUUGCAGGUGGGGAUCCCCCAGGUCCUAAAGAGAGAUCAGCCCAGCCAGGAAGUGCUUUUGGACUUAAAGGAAACCCACUUAACUUGUACUGACAAUGCCAGCAAGAAAGAGCUUUUCCAGCACCACUACCCUGAGAUCUCAUGCGUGGGGAGAUACGGCCAGCCAGACUUCACCCUAUUUGCAUUCUGUGUAGUAGACUCCCCAGAAACACCCCAGUCAUCGGGCUUCUGCUGUGUGGUGCUGAGAGCCAGCCACGGGAAGCAGUGUGAGGAUAUAGUCAGCCGCAUUGCUACAGGGUUUAAGCACACAGAGUGGUUUGUAUGACACGUCGAGGAACGUCAUCUGUAUGCGCCAUAGCAGCUCAACAAAGCCUGUGCUUCAUGUCCUGCCUUUGUACAAAGCAACACGUGUAAAUAAAAUACCCUACGGUGU